UUGAACGUACAGUAGUAGAGAUAUUCCAUCUUCUUUACCUUUUUCUCUUGUUGGGUGUUUCCAAGAUCUGAUUUUUACUCAAUUUCUCUCUCUAAAAAUUGUAUCUUUAGCAUAGUUAUUAACAGUUUUCAAUCUUAACAUUGUUGUAUGUGCAUUUCUAAAUCAUUGACAACUGUUGUUUGUUUGUUGAGCUUUUUCUAUUUAGUGGAGUACUUUUAUUUACAGCUAUAUCCCAAUUUUGUUGUCAUAUAGUGCCACCCACAAACUCUUUUUUUACUCAUAUUGGAUCUUGAAAGCUGUACAAGGUUUUCCCAUUCUUUACCCUUUCUGCCUGUUCCUGAGAUUUGGGGUUGUUUUUGGGGUUUGAACUGUAAGAUUGUUGGUGGGUGUUGUUUGAAUCUGAUCAUUUGUGUGGUUACUUUUGGGUUCUAGGUAUAGUUUUUGAUCUAUAGGGUGGAAGUCAACUUGGUUGAGUUACUUUUUUUGGAUAAGAUUCUUGACCUUUUUGCUUAUUGCUAGCUGUUGUUUGUGGUUUUGAUGCUUGCCACCUGAAGUAUGCAGCCUGAUCAGCGAAAAAAAGGGUCUGGAGAUGUAGAUUUCUUUACUGAAUAUGGUGAAGGGAGCCGAUACAAGAUAGAGGAAGUUAUUGGCAAAGGUAGCUAUGGUGUAGUAUGCUCUGCGUAUGAUACCCAUCUAGGGGAAAAAGUUGCAAUCAAGAAGAUAAAUGACAUCUUUGAACAUGUCUCUGACGCCACACGUAUCCUUCGUGAGAUCAAGCUUCUUAGGCUUCUUCGGCAUCCAGAUAUAGUGGAAAUCAAGCAUAUAUUGUUACCUCCUUCUCGGAGGGAAUUCAAGGACAUCUAUGUUGUCUUUGAACUCAUGGAAUCUGAUUUGCAUCAAGUCAUUAAAGCAAAUGAUGAUCUGACGCCGGAACAUUAUCAAUUUUUCCUUUAUCAGCUUCUUCGAGGGCUAAAAUAUAUACACACAGCCAAUGUCUUUCACCGUGACCUGAAACCCAAAAAUAUAUUAGCAAAUGCUGACUGCAAGCUUAAGAUCUGUGACUUUGGUCUUGCAAGAGUGGCCUUCAAUGAUACUCCUACAGCUAUAUUUUGGACUGAUUAUGUUGCCACAAGGUGGUAUAGGGCUCCUGAAUUGUGUGGAUCAUUUUUCUCUAAGUAUACACCAGCAAUUGAUAUAUGGAGCAUUGGAUGCAUAUUUGCAGAGCUAUUGACUGGGAAGCCUCUCUUUCCGGGUAAAAAUGUGGUUCACCAAUUAGACUUGAUGACCGAUCUGUUGGGCACACCCUCCCCAGAAUCCAUUGCCAGGAUAAGAAAUGAAAAGGCUCGGAGGUAUUUGAGCAGUAUGCGUAAGAAAAAGCCUGUACCUUUCUCCCAUAAGUUUCCACAUGCAGAUCCCCUUGCACUUCGUUUGCUAGAAAGGAUGCUUGCUUUUGAUCCUAAGGAUCGUCCUAACGCAGAAGAGGCUCUCGCAGAUCCAUAUUUCAGAAAUCUAGCCAAAGUGGAAAGAGAACCUUCUGCUCAACCAGUUACAAAAAUGGAGUUUGAAUUUGAAAGGCGAAGGAUAACAAAGGAGGAUGUGAGGGAGCUGAUAUACAGAGAAAUUCUUGAAUACCACCCAAAAAUGUUGAAGGAGUUCUUAGAGGGGCAAGAACCAACAAGUUUCAUGUACCCAAGUGCCGUUGACAAAUUCAAGAAGCAGUUUGCAUAUCUUGAAGAGCAUUAUGGCAAAGGAGGCACUGCUGCUCCACCUGAGAGGCAGCACUCAUCAUCCCUGCCUAGAUACAGGGCUUGUGUAUUAUAUUCAGACAAUUCAGUGCAAAAUCCAGUUGAAGUUGCAAAUGAUCUUUCUAAGUGCUCUAUCAAAGAAGAUGAGAAACCACAAGCGGACCGGAGUUCAAUGAUCCCCAUGACAAGGCUGCCUCUACAAGUUCCUCAGAAUGUUCAAGCAGGUGGUGCUGCAAGACCUGGGAGGGUGGUCAGCUCAGUGUUGCGCUACAACAACUGUGGAGCAGCAGCGACAGCAGCAGAAGUCAUUGAACAGCGAAGAAUUGUAAGGAACCCUGGUGGUCCGACUCAAUAUCCCAUUUCCAAUACUUCGUACCCUAGAAGACAUCCCAGCUGUAAAAAUGAAAGGGGUGAAGAUAGUACUGAAGUUUCAAAUGGGGUGCAGCCAAAACCUGAACAGUACAUAGCAAGAAAAGUAGCUGCAGCACCAGGUGGACCUGGUAAUCAAUGGUAUUAAAUUUGGAAUCUCCGAUCAGCCAUGUUACACUAAGCUUUCCAUUUUCCCAAGGAUGGUUCUCAUAAAACACACCAUAUGCAAGCUAAUUUGACUGUCAGCCAUAGUUUUCUCACAUAAUGCCAAGUUCAGGAUUGCUUGGUAAUUGAUGCGGGCACAUGAACUUGAAGAAUCCCAGUGUGAUUUUGGUUGGUUGGUUCAGACAUCUAUGUACAACUCGUUACUUAUAUUUGUCCUCUGAAGUUUAAAAGGUUCGGCAUGGAUUCUCCUCCAUGGGCAACUCUUGUUCUGUGAUCUUGAUAGAAAUGGAAGCAAGUGAUAAAGAUGGAUGUUGGUAGCUGAUGACAUGAACUACUACUGAUAUCAGUUUACCUCUACAUGUUUGUUCUUUUCCCCUCUCCCUUCAUUCUUUGCAGAAAAACUGUAGAGACGCUUUAUACUUUUGUUAAUGACUAAGACAUUGAUGAUCUUAACGUGUAACCUAUGACAUUCUUUAUUAAAUAAGGACCUCUAUGUUUCUGAUGUUCCUGCACUCUGUAAAGCAGAAGAGGGACAUGAAACUUUUGGUUGAAGC